AUACAUCACAUUGUCAUCAGGAGACCCAGCUGUGUUGUGUUAUUGUACAGUAUGAUAUAAUGGUUUCAAAAUGAGUGCAGUGGCUAUGCUUGUUGGUGUAGCUUUAGCGACUACAGCUGCAAUAGCGAUACUGAUUUCGAUGGUGAAUGGGCAAUUACCGGCAUCGGAACCGACACAAUUGAACGGAAACGAAACUAACGGACACUGGAUUGAUCCAAAUGGACCAAGCGUGCAGUUCGUAUUGUUUACCAGAAAUAGUUCUCCAUAUAAUAUUAGAAUUGGAAACAUCGAUGACCUACGUAAUUCUGGAUUCAACAUUAGCCAUUCAGUAAAAAUAUUAAUUCACGGUUACCAAAGUAGCAUAAAGGAGGCUAUUUUUGUUAUCACUAAGGAUGCGUAUUUGGAAACUGGUGACUACAACGUGAUAGGAAUGGACUGGUCCGUACUCUGUCAAUCCGAAUAUUUUUCGGCAUUGAGGGGAGUAAAAAUAGCAGGCUAUUAUCUGGGAGUGUUUCUCAGUUGGCUGGUCCAGAUGGGGGUCCCAUUAGCGAACGUUCACCUAGUGGGGCACAGCAUGGGGGCCCAUGUGGCCGGCAUCGGGGGAGCCAGCAUAAAGUAUGGAAGGGUUGCUAGGAUAACUGGACUGGAUCCAGCUAAACCUGGCUACAGACACAGCAGGUACGAGAACAGAUUGGAUCCAGGAGACGCUGUCAUAGUUGAUGUCAUUCACACCCACGCGAAAAUUCUGAGUCUUUCCGAACCCGUGGGUCACAUUGAUUUCUACCCCAAUGGGGGUAGAACCCAGCCUGGAUGUCCCGAUAUGGAAGACAUUUGGCAAAUUGUUGAAAGUUUGAUAUGCAGCCAUGGUAGGGCUAUUUCGCUCUUUGCCGAGUCUAUCAAGAACAAAAGGGCAUUCAAGAGUUACAAGUGCGAAACAAUUGAAGAUGCCAUCUACGGAAUAUGUUCGGAAGAAACCGAUGUGUAUAUGGGCCAAUCAGAAACAUAUAGGAAAGGAAUAUUCUACGUACAAACAAAGGAUAAGUCACCGUACAGUCUAACAUAAUCGUGCAAUAUAAAGUCUUCGA